AUGGCAGCUUUAGUGGGCAACCUCUUACGCAGAUUAGAAGAAUUUCCGAUGCAUAAAGUGGAUCCUCGUAUAGCUGCAGAGCUGCAAAACAUUGAGAAAGCAUUCAGUAUCUUGCUGUCUCAUGUACAGGAUGCUGAAUGGGAAUUGCUGAACCACUUAAUAAUGGAUCUCCGAUAUGCUGAAGGCAAUCUCCUGUAUGGUGAAUGGGCUCUCCCGUAUGCUGAUGGGACGCUCCUGUAUGCUGAUCGUGAAGAUCUCCAGGAUGCUGAAUGGGAUCUCCAUGAAAAAAAAUGGAGAACAUCAAAUGCUCGCUUUGAUAUAAGCAAAUUGCAGAACUCCAUAAUGAUGCAUACCUGGCCUAGGCAGGUUGCAGCUUGGGCAGCUGAUGUUGAAGAAAUAGUUAUCAGUUAUGACUUCCAUUUGCUUAACUUCAAUACCGGAACCCUCUUCAGCAAGUUCGUGUAUUCGUGUCCUUUCAUGUCGGAUUCAAAUAAUGUGGUUUCUAAAAUAAGAAACUAUUUGUCAAUUCACUCUUGGUCCAUAAGAACCUCACGAAUGAUUCAGGUAUUCUGCCCUAUUGACCAGAGUUCUGCUGAGGACUGUGUAUUGUUGUUAGGAAAGGUUUCGGAAGUGCUUGCCAGCCCAGAUAUGGCAGAGAUGUUGCAGCAGCUGAAAAGGACCAUAUCCCCUCAGCAUCAGACAGUUGAUAACUUCCUUUCAAACCAUGAUUCAAGAACUAAACAAAUUCGAAGGAAUCUUGAAUCAGAAGACCUGAUAGGACGAGCUGAGGAGGUGAAACUUGUUGAAGGUUUGUUAUUGGCAAAGGCGGAAGAAGGUCCUGACAUUAUCACCAUAUCAGGGGAGGCAGGAAUUGGAAAAACAACUGUUGCAGAAGCUGUAUAUGAGCAAGUCCACAAACACUUUGAUUGCCACGCUUGGGUCUUCGUGUCUAGGAACGAUUCUACUAGGCGUGUAAUGCAAAACAUCUUGAAAGGCGUCCUGAAAAGCAUUUCAGUCAUGGCUCCAAAAAAUAUAGACACACUGGAAAAAGAGUCAAUGAAGAAGUUGAUGAACAUUUGGUUGAUUGGAAAGAAGUUCUUGCUGAUCUUGGACGAUGUUCCAUCGUGGGAAAUCGUUCAGGAAGUAAAGGACGCUAUACCUAGAGGCAGCGAAACAACAAAGAUACUCGUUACAUCUCGGGUAGAAAAAUACAACUUCCCUCUUAAAAAUCAAUGCAAACUAGAUCCGAUAUAUUCAUCCGACUUGCUGCACAAGCAUGCCGGAAGCUCUGAGCGUGGCAAGGAAUUCUUAUCCACCGUAGAAUCAGUAGAUAAGAAUAUUGUGAGACUAUGUCGUGGUCUCCCUCUUGCUAUCGUAACAGUGGGAAGGAUGCUCUCAACAAAGCAUGCGGCUGAAGAUUGGAUCAAAGUCCAUCAAAUGUUUUUGCAAGGGGCUAACUUCAUGUCAUUAUGUUAUGCUGAUUUAAGCCCCGAACUCCAAAGCUGUUUCUUGUAUGCUGCCUCGUUCCCUUGUCACUUUGAGAUCUCAUGUAAAAAGUUGAAACGUUUGUGGAUAGCCGAGGGCUUCGUGCAUCAGGACAACAAUAGAACAUUGGAGGAAUCAGCACAGCUUCAACUAGAGGAGCUCAUCCACAGGAACAUGAUUCAGGGAGUCAAGAGGAACAUAGAUGGAAAGGUCAAAACUUGUCAAAUCCUCCAAAGGAUACGCGAAUUUGCUUUGAGAAGAUCCGAAGAAGAUCAUUUUAGUGUCGUCCUAAAAAACUUAAAGAGCACGCUCCUGGAGAAGUAUCAUCGUGCUUUUUAUUAUGAUGCCAGCUACAAUGGUACCUCAACAAGUAAGUUUUCUCGAAAAAACUUUAGCAGGCUGUACUCUUUUCUUGCACUUGAAGAAAAUCCGCACCAGCCCCUCAAUUUAAAUGAUUUCAAAUUGCUAUCUGUCUUGGAACUUCAAGGUUUUUGCCAUGAAUUAUUGCCUGAUGCCGUAGGAGAUUUAGCUCUACUACGGUAUUUAGGAUUGAGGGGAAGUAAGAUUAAGAAACUACCAGUGUCUCUUAAGAAGUUAAGCAGAUUACAAACUUUGGACACCAGAGACACAUUUAUAAGUGACUUGCCUUCUGAUUUAGAAGGUUUGGGGAUGAUGAGGCAUCUUCUUCUAGAAGGAUCAUUCACUGACAAGGUAGUGAAUCUUAGAGAUGGAAUUAUUGAAGCCUUUAAAGAUCUUCAAACGGUUGCUGGACUUAAAAUGACAGAAGCUAUAGCAAAAGGGUUAAUUCAUCUAAGAGGCAUAAGAAAAUUAUCGGUUGGUGCAGUACAAGGUUCCCAUUUGGUUCCCCUACUUGAGGCUAUCAAAAAAAUGGAGUUUCUCAGAUCCUUUACAAUGAAAAGUUCUUUUGAUCAGGAUCAAAGUUACGCGCUUCCACUCAUUCCACUGUACAACCUAGAAAGGUUGUGCAUUGGUGGUCCUAUGAGGAAUAAUUUUCUUGAUUGGUUUGGUAAGUUAUACAAUCUUAAGUCCUUAUAUUUAUGGAACAGCAAACUUACUAAAGAUCCUCUCUGGGGUCUCCAAAAUCUGCCCAAUAUUAUCCUCCUAUCCCUUUGCAAUUCGUAUGAUGGCGAAGACAUUGUGUUUGGAGAUAGUGGUUUCCCCAAACUGAAGAAAUUAUCCAUUCUCCAUUGUCGAAAUCUUAGGAAUUGGAAAAAGAUACCAUAUGGUGCAAUGACAAAGCUCGAGACUUUGAAUCUCGGAUAUUGUCCCAGGCUUGUUUCACUUCCAGAAGGAUUGGAAAAACUGACCUCUCUUUGUUCCUUACAAAUCUCAAACAUGUCGGCUCAGUUCAUGAAAGAUGCUAAUGAAUUGCGAUCAAUUUCCAAUUUUUCGAUAUCUAUUCAAGGCAUAAAAAACAGUUCUUAA